AUGCCGGCCAAGAGGAACCCUACAAGCUCCACUGUGACCAUCACCACUGGAGUUGGUGGAAUGAAGACAAGGCGUAGUACCGUUCAGGACACCGCCGCCGACGACGAUAACGUCGAUGAUCGCGGCCAAUCCACUGACAAGAAUGAACCGGUACCACCUGCCGACGUUCAUGAUGACGCCGGUGACCCGUCUCGUGAGGCUGAUCCCUCGCGAUCGGGCAGAUCAGAGCGCGAUGGCGUCGUCGAUACGCCGGGCGACCGUGAUGCUCGCACGGGCGCUGCAGACGACAACACACUCAGCCAGUUGUGGAACCACACAGAGGACCUCCUCGCUACGAUCUUGGCGAGGCUUGAUGAGUCCGAUGUGGCCUCUCAGCAGGCUAUCAGCUAUGCUAACCGGGCCAUUCGUGAGGCCAAUGUGGCCCGUGCUAGAGCCGCAAAUGCUCGAAGGGAUUUUGAGGAAGCGAUUGGUAAGAUUCAUACCUCAAUCCUCCGUAUUAAGAAGCAGGAGAAUCCCGAGCUUGACGAAUUAUACACACCGCGUGAGUAUUCUCAUGCUGCAGAUGAAGCAGCACAUCCGUCGAGGCCGCCCGUUGGCGUUGAAGGCGAUCGGCCGCAGUCUCCGCCGAUCAACUCAGACGACUAUGUCGAGAGGUCGCUCGACAUACUGUUCCGGCCCUGCGACCGAAACGAGACGGAUGCCACAUACAACAUUCGUCUCGAUGGCCAAACCCGCUUUUUGGAUGCACGCGGGGCAGAACAACGGCGUCGAGAGUGCGAGGCCCGCAUCAAUGAGACCUGGCAGCAGGCCGAGUCCCGCAUAGACAUGCAUGCGCGUUGGGGUAGUGCGAUGCCCUUCACCACGCUGCGCACCGCAUUUGGUGAUGCACCGCCGCCGGAACCACCUGGUGGUGGUGGUAACAACAACCCGCCGCGUCGUGGAGGUUUGCCCGCGCGUGGUCGUGGACCACACUCCUCUGGUUGGGGAUUCCGUUCUGGUGGAUUCCCUGGUGGAGGCGGUGAUGGCGGUCCUCCGCAUGGCGAUGGCGACUCGAGUCCGCAUGGUAGCGGCUCGGAUGGAGAUAAUGGAGAUGAUGAUGAGAGCCCCGAGAGGCCGUCUGUCCGUAAUCUUGACAGGCAUGCAACACGGAGUCCCAGCUACUUACAGGGUAGACAUAGCAUGCCCCGUGGUAGUGUACCUCGUCAGCAACAACAGCCACAGCCGGGAUAUACGUUACCCGCUGUUGACGACUCGUUCAUGCGUGAUGGUGUGAAAACUAUCCACGAGAUGAUCAGGAAGAAAGUCGGACGGGCACUACCUGAUAGUAAUGCUCUGAAAAAUAUGAAAAAUAUACCUCUGCCUGACAAGUAUUCAGGUGAGGAUGAUCUCAAAGUUUUCGAAUCGUGGUUGAAGUCCCUAUUGCGAUGGCUUCGGCUUUAUCGCAUGUGCGGACCAGACCUCGAUGAGGAACAGCUCCAACUUAUGGGCCAAUUUCUCAAGGGUAAGGCUGCCGACUGGUACAAUGACAAUGUCGACACGCCUCACAAUAAUGUAAAGUGGAAUUUCGAAGAUGCCGCGUGUGCCAUUUUCUGGCAGUUCUUGUAUCACGCAACCACAGGAAAUGCGGCUGAUAAAUUCUACGCAGUAAUAUACACGAAGGAUGGCAGAGUAAACGGUGUAUGGGAUGAGCUAGCUAAGUAUGCUGCCCGUAUGCCUCAGCCGCCCAAUGACUACACGUUCGCGCGAACCUUUGUCAAGGCGCUUCCGGACGAAGUCUGCGUCCCUCUGUUCAGAUCGAAGGACGUUUCCGUCGAGACCACUCCGCUUACCACAUUGCUGCGUCUCGCUGUUCAGCAAGAACACAACAACCAGGUCGUUUCACAAAAUCGUGUCAAACAUUCCGCGCCUGCGCCCAGCUCAUCUGUGAAGCACCCCGACCAUGGAAAGUCGACGCGAUUUGUGCGCGUCGUGCGUCGCAAUGAUUUUCGUCGUGAUGGCGGAUCUGGAAACCGUCCGCCGCAGAGCACGAAUCGCUCAUUGCAAGCCCUGCCGCAGUCCACGCAGAAGGACGGGCGGCCUACUAACUUCUCUGGAAAUCGUGGCGGACCGUCGGGAAACCUUGCGAACGUCCGGUGUUACAACUGUGGUGAGUACGGCCACUUGUCACCGAACUGCCCGAAGCCCAAGGGCCCGAAGCUUCACGCGGCUCGUGUAAUUGACGAGCGAGAAGCCGCGGAGGCAGAACCUGCCCAGGAUGACGCGCAGGAGCAUGCGGAGGUAGCUGAGGAUGAGCACACUUUUGUGCAUGAUAAUGUCGCACCCAAUGCAGGAAAUGGCGAACCCGAGGACGAGAUGGUUGCACUCGUCGAGGGCUCACAGUAUGAUCCAGAGGAGGAGAGCAACCCUCUGGAGGAGUACUUUGACCUCGAAGAUGAUGAGGUCAUGUACUACGGGUCGAUGCGCAUCGUUGAGGAUGAAGAUUCUGCGGAAUCUGAGCCCUCGCGUGAAACACUCUCCGUGUUCGAGCAUGAGAUGCUUCGACUCCAGACCAAGAUUACGGCUGGAGGAGAUGCUACAGCACUUGUUGGAGAUGCUGACAAUGCUGCUGUGUCCGCUGUAUUUACGAAUCCACCGGCAUACCAGGAUGAGUCCUCGGAGCCGCUGUUGUUCGAAUCGGACACAGAUGUGGAAUCCCAGCUGCAACACCAUGCAUUCAGAAUUUUUGCCAACACUGAUGUGGAUGACGACGAAAUGCUGCCACUUGUGGCAAUUCCAGAUGCUGAGGAAAAUAGUGACAGCAUCUCGGAAGUUAAUACUAAUGGCGCUCUUGAGUCAUGGCUUGCAGGUCCUCCGAUGGAUGCUAUCCACGGCCUGUAUGCCCUCAAUGGUGACCUCCUUUCAAACCUACAACAGUACGGCCGGUACAUCGACAUAUUGUACGGCCAAUUGUUGUGGACCCAACGCGAGCUUGCCCGCAGCGUCGUAGAGCAAGGAAACUUGCUGCGCGACCCGUUUGAUCGCGUGCGGGCGCUGACCGAAUUCGUGCGGCGGCGCAAGCGAAUUCGUGCACGGCUUCUAGUGCAGCGUGAUAUUCUUGCUGCAAUGCCGUUGCCUGACCGCGGUGACUAUGAGGAUGACCCGUCGCCCGCCGCGGUGUUCAAUGCAAUAUCGGACAUCCUCUUCGAGGACCCCAACGAUGCUCCGCCUGUAUAUGAGCUUCAGGACUUUGCGCCAACAUCAGUAUCGCUGCGUGCAAUGGCCGCUACGCUGGCGCCUGCAGCAUUACCCGUGGUAACUCAUGCCAUGAUACGGCGCCAGCAGACUUGUCGUCGGCCAGACGUGUCGCGUCUUGACCAGACUUGUCUCAUGGGCUACGUUACUGUCAACGGCCUACAGGCCCUCGUCCUGUUUGACUCGGGGAGUACGACAGACUCGAUCUCUCCGGAGUUUGCUCGCGUAGCAGGAAUCUCGAUCUUGGAACUCGAGAAUCCUGUAAUCCUUCAACUUGGAUGUGUUGGUAGUCGCUCACGAAUUAAUUAUGGUGUGAGGGUUCCUGUUAUUUGUGGAACCUUCCAGGAUGAUGUCUACUUAGACGUCGUCAAUCUUGAUCGAUAUGAUGUUGUACUGGGGACACCAUUCAUGCGUAAGUUCGGUGUCAUUCUUGAUUUUGCGAACAGCAUCAUUCACUUCCAUGGACAACAAAUUCAUGCACUCCUGCCAGGGGAGGAGGAAGCUGGUGCUAAUCGGCGAAAAAAGACGUUUCCUAUGCGUCGUGCUCAUGCUAGCAGCAUUGCCGCUGUGAAUACUCCAAGUCCUACAUCCCGUUCGGACCGACUAGCCGCUCGAAGAGACGGCAACGGUGAGGUGACCGGAACCUCAUCGCAGACGAUUCGACUGCAUCGAAUCACCACGGAUGUACACGGUUUGGCAAACACUAUGGAUAUUAAGCGAUGCUCGAGAAUUUGCGACAAGAUUCUUGAGCAGAAUGCAGAUUUGUUGGAGCCUGUGCCACCAGGCCUCCCUCCAUUGCGAGAGGUUGUGCAUAUGAUCCCUCUAAUUGACGAGCGGAAGAGAUAUAAUUAUUAUCUUCCGAAGUGCCCAGAUGCACUCAAACCAAAGCUGCUUGAGAAGAUCAAGAGAUAUGUCGAUGCUGGCUGGUGGAUACCUUGCCAUGCAGGUCAAGCAGCACCCCUUAUGUGCAUUCCCAAAAAGAAUGGGGAUAUUCGUACUGUCGUUGAUCUGAGACAGCGAAAUGAGAAUACGGUCAAGGAUGUGACACCAUUCCCUGACCAAGAUCAGAUACGAAAUGAUGUGGCUCGAGCUCGCAUUCGCUCGAAGCUAGAUAUCUGCAAGAAGUGUGCCCUAUUUGCACAACAAAUGGACUGUCUCGGUCAUUUAAUUGAUGACAAGGGGCUUCAUGCCGAUGUGGACAAGAUGGCCCAUGUCAGAGAUUGGCCAGUCCCUAGGAAUUACAAUGAUGUCCAGCGAUUUUUGGGACUUGUGCAGUAUCUCGCACACUUUAUGCCUGAUGUCUCUGCAUACACGGGACCACUCAGCAGAAUGGUACGUAACGGUCAGGCCUUUAAUUGGCGACCGAUACACCAGAAAUGUCUGUAUUCGAUCAAAGCUCUUGCGUGCAGGACACCAAUCCUUAGACCAAUUGACCUGCGAAACCCUGAGCCUAUUUGGGUUAUUACUGACGCCUCUACAUCGGGCGUUGGUGCCGUGUAUGGUCAGGGCCCUGAGUGGAAUCGAUGCCGCCCAGCGGGAUUCAUGUCCAAGAAGUUCACGACAGCGCAGCAUGCAUACUAUACCUUCGAGAUGGAGGUGCUUGCUGUGCUUGAGGCUCUCAUGAAAUGGGAGGACAAAUUGAUCGGACGUCACUUCAAGGUAGUGACUGAUCACCGUGCACUUAUAUUUCUCAAGGACAAGCGCAAGGUGCCGCAGCGACUCGAGCGGUGGAUCGAGUACCUCAGCCGAUUUGACUAUGAAAUUGUGCAUGUUCAAGGCACAACAAACCGAGUCGCAGACUCAUUCUCCCGCUACUUUGCGGAAGAAGAUGCGGACAUGCUGCACGACCCGCAGGAUUAUGUGUCAGCCGAUAUCCGACUUGACCCGCGAGGAGAAACCCUCUCUGGGAAUCGCAUGGCGGAAAUCCGUGCUCAGCGUAUAAUUGAGCCGGUUGAGCAGCGCGUGCAGGAAGCGACUGAACUUGCUGCGCACCGCCCCACAGACGUACUGCAAACUAGUGCAGGUACUGGCGAAGAUCCUACCGCAUUAGAUUCUGAAGUUGCAGGCCCUCCGCUUGAUGUUAUAGUUGAGCGGAUUGUUGAUUUCAAGGCAACAGUGAAGGACGGGUACAAGGACGAUAUGUUCUUCGCCAAGGUCCUAGAGCAUUCUGAUGAUCACAAGGCUUUCGCCGUUCAAGACGGAUUUAUCUGGCACCGUCAGAGUGUGAGAGACGAUGUUCUGUGUAUUCCGCGGGUGCUAGUACAUCACCGGAAUCUCACGGAAAUCAUUAUUGACCAAGCGCAUGUCACACUGGGUCAUUUGGGGAACCGACGUACCUCCGACUAUGUUCGUCGCUGGUAUUGGUGGCCAGAUGUCGGAAAGGACAUUGCAAAGUUCUGCGCGAGUUGCGGAACAUGUCAGACAUCGAAAUCUGCUACCCAGCGUCCUCUCGGAUUGUUACACAGCAUGCCGGUUGCAGCACGCCCAUGGGACUCGAUCGGUAUGGAUUUCGUGGGACCAUUCCCGGAAUCCCAAGGUCAUGACUAUCUGUGGGUUAUCAUUGAUCGUCUAACAUCAAUGGUACAUUUAGUACCCACCAAUACAACGGCAAAAGUGUCGGAAAUCGCUUGGUUAUAUUUCAGGGAAGUCAUCCGACUUCACGGCCUACCUGAGUCGAUCGUCUCCGACCGAGAUUCAAAGUUUACGUCGAAGUUUUGGAGCGAACUGCACCGCCUUCUGGGCAGUCAGUUGCUCAUGUCGACAUCAUUUCAUCCGCAGACCAAUGGCGCUUCGGAGCGGUCGAUCCGCACUGUCUCACAAAUCCUACGAAGUCUGGUCAGGCCAGAUCAGAUGGACUGGGUUGAAAAGAUACCGUUGGUCGAGUUUGCAAUAAACUCGAGCAUCAACGCGUCCACGGGGUUCGCUCCGUUCGAGUUGAACAGUGGAUACAUGCCACGGAUGAUACGGGAUCUUGCUCGAGAGCCGGCAAUGCCGGGGGUGAAGGUGUUCGCCGAACGCGCACUGGAAAAUCUGUCGAUCGCGCACGAUUCAAUUAUCGCUAGCAGGGUGGUACAGACUCACCAUGCUAACCUGAGACGACGUUCUGAGCACCCAGAAUUGGGCUCAGAAGGCGAAAAUCUUGUAGGAAAGUUACUUUACCUGUCCACAGAGAACCUCUCUCUGCCGAAAGGGAGGGCCAAGAAACUGACCCCAAGGUUCAUUGGGCCAUAUAAGGUGCUAAAGGCGCACCCUGAGACAUCCAGCUAUACCCUGGAUCUGUCUAGUGAGCUCAGGAGGAGGAGAAUCCAUCCUACCUUCCAUGCCUCCAGGCUCCGGCAUCAUGAGCCUAAUGACAAUGUCCUAUUCCCUUCUAGAGAUCCUAGGGCAUUCUAUGACUUUGGAAAUGAGUCAGAAGACGAAUUUUUGGUGGAUGAAAUUGUUGCUCACCAGUGGAAAGGCAAUUCUAUCCAAUUCCUUGUCAGGUUUGACGAUGGAGACACUCUGUGGGAACCAUAUGUCGAAUGCAAAGACCUGGAAGCAUUAGACCGUUACCUGGAGCUUCUAGGAGUGUCCGACUGGCGCGCGAAUAAAUUUGGGUUUUGUUCUGCGUUCUCCGGGACUGUUUUGGCCAUGCCGCGUUCGAAGGCAGACUACGACUACCCGAUGUCGGAAGGAGAACGUGAACACUGCGGCGUUCGUCGCCCUCGCUCAGAAUCACCCGGGGAGGUGACGGUACGCCUUCCCACACAGAUAAGGCUCCCUUGGCGAUACAAGGAGGAGCUCCGCAGCAUCCUGCAUGACCGAGGCUGCCUGACAUGUGAUAAAUAUGCGGACCACGUCAAGGAUCACGGCAAGGUCAGCAAGGCAUACAAGGAUGCCGUGCAUGACCUCGAGUUGACCGUCGGGAAGCGUCAGCGGGACCAGGCAUACAAUGUGGGCUACCUCCAUGGGAUAGAUGAAGGUCAAGCCAUGGCUGCGCAAGCCAAUCGUGAUGACCUUAUAAUUCAGCUCAACAAGCACAUCGCAGAGCUAGAGGACAUCGUUGAACAGACCAACACGUCCCACGCUCGGUUCACUUUCUCGUACCCCGUGAGAGGCUCUUCCUCUGUAGGGGGGGGUCCGUCGCAUAACAUAGACCACCAUGUUCCGGUGAUUUUCACAGCUAAGCCUACCGUCCAGUCUGAUGGAGCAUCAGCCAAGUCGAGGCCUACCUCCAUGCCUGUGUCAAUAGCCAAACUUGACCGGAUGAUCAAGGAUGCGAUGGUUCCUAACCAUUGGAGAUCUGCAGAGGCACUUCAGCACUGGUUGCAAGAAGCUCAGCCAGCGCUGCUUGCGAACCAAAGCACACCUGUCCAGCGCUACUUGCAGAAGAUGUGGCAUGCUCUGGAAUGGUUCAACCCGGAGAUGCGCACUCCCUUCUGGAAUGAUUCAUGUGCAACAUGGGUCAACUACUUGACAACUAACCCGAAGAAAGAGGUCAUGGGCCUCAUUCGUGUCGGCGAGAAUGGCUUAUUCAAUGAGGAGUCAUUCCGCAUCAUUCACGGAGUUCGCCUGCUAGCUGACGUGCAGGUGAAGAUGAGUAUUAACAGGAGGACCCAUCGCGCAAAUGUUCUUGCUCGUCUCCAGGAGCUUUUCCAAGACCUGCAAGCCUAUGCUCAGGAAUUGAAGGCCGCUGGCACGACUAUAGCCAGUGUCCUCAAGUUGCAGCCUAUUCCGGAGUCGAACAAUUAUCGUCUCCGCGACGUCGCAAUUCACUGUGCGAAAUGCGGCGUCACUAUGCAGAUGGCACAAGACGCACUGUCGGUUUGGGGCCGCGGAACUCUUCCCGGACCGAAUGCAGAGGCGGCGCCGGAGCAACCUGCUCCGGGACCAUCAAAUAUUGCCCCUACUGCCACUGACAGCACCCAGGACGGCCAUGCCACCAUAGCCGGCGAUCCUGUGGGCAACACGCCAACUGAACCCGUUCCCAGACAGGACGCGGUGAUGACGGAUGUGAAUCCUGCAGUGGUCAAUGGCAACCCGGCUUAA